CGGUCCUUUCCGGUCGAAGAUGGGGGACAAGGCCAAGAACCCCAUGCGGGAUCUCCGCAUCCUGAAGUUAUGUCUCAAUAUCUGCGUUGGUGAAUCUGGUGACAAGCUGACCCGUGCUGCCAAGGUGCUGGAGCAGCUGACGGGCCAGUCGCCCGUGUUCUCGAAGGCCCGCUACACCGUGCGCAGCUUCGGCAUCCGGCGUAAUGAGAAGAUCGCCGUCCACUGCACGGUGCGCGGCCCCAAGGCCGAGGAGAUCCUCGAGUGCGGCCUCAAGGUGUGCGAGUACGAACUGAGGAAGGGCAAUUUCUCUGACACCGGCAACUUCGGUUUCGGUAUCAAGGAGCAUAUCGAUCUGGGUAUCAAGUACGACCCCAGCAUCGGCAUCUACGGCCUGGACUUCUACGUCGUGCUUGGACGGCCAG